AGACGUCCAUGAACAAAGCAACGGCAAACAAAAGUAUUAUGUGCCACCUUAUGCCAUGUCAUUCUGAACCUGCACUCCCAAACAUCGUAUCUUGCAUUAAAAUAUCUGACAAAAAUAGUUUUGCACCGAUUCUGAUGAAAGAAAGGCAAUUUUUCGUUCAAUCUCGGUUACUGAAGACUCGAUUUAGCUAUGAGGGGCACAGUGGUUGUCUUAGUGGCGGUUUUGUCCGGCAUUAUUUCGGUUGCAUCAGCGACUGAAGUUGAAUGUUCGGACCCGGGGUUGCCCGACGGAGGCACACGACGGGGCCCGUCUCGCUUCACCCCCGGUAGCAAACUCAGCUUCGAUUGUCCCGUCGGCUAUGAUAGGGUGGGCUCGCCUGUGUCUGUCUGUCAGGACAGCGGUGAAUGGUCCCUACCUGUACCCCGAUGCAUCCCCGACUGUCCGCGAAUAGCUGCGCCUGUGAACGGCGCCGUGUCCGUCCGUGACGCAGCGCGGAGAAAGUACGGCAGCGUGGCCCGCUUCACUUGUGACCCGGGAUACAGUUUGGUCGGCGCCGUCGUUAUCACCUGCAAUAACGGGCAGUGGAACCGGCCCGUGCCAUAUUGCUUCGCGGACUGUAUGGCUGUGGAGGCCCCUUCCAACGCUGGUGUAAGGGGAGGAACAGGUCAUGGUGACGUCAUCUAUUUCAGGUGCCUGGAGGGCUUUCAGCUGAUUGGAAAAAGCAUGAUCACGUGCCAAGAUGGCGCCUGGAGUGAUGAAUACCCAAGAUGUGAAGGAAAUAGCAUGAAUUAAAGUCAACCAAAUUUAAUUCAGAUCUUCGCAAAUAAAUCGUAGCAUCAUUUUACUUUCAUUCCCUUUUAUUUAAAGACAAUUGUGUAAUGUAAACUCAAAAUGAUUUUAGUCCUCGGUAGUGAUAUAUUCUUAUAAUUGAAGAUGCAACAAAUAACGUUGAUCGUACGUCUUUUGCGAAUUACGUUCGAGUAGCUUCUAAAAUCAUGAAUAACGUCAACUAUUUGUUGCUUAAACGAAAUGAUAAUGGUCAGCUCCCCUUAUUGCGCCACAGUGCCCUUUAAGUCACUGCGCGAACAGGUGUGUUGUGAGCUGCUCCUUUCAUAUGCAAAUUAUUUUACUUUUUACCUUAGUCUGACAUGUCUCUGUAACAUUAUAGGAAAAUCUAUUAAAUCGUAAAGUUCUCGACAAAACAAGAUAUUGUACUUACAUUGUUAUUAAUAUAAGCAUUCUAUAUAAUGAAUUAAAUACAAGGUACACGUAGCUAGACAUAACUUUUCAAAAUUAUACGUUUAGAAAGGUCAUACAUGAACGUGGUAAUAAAUUUUGACACGAA